AUGAGCGCACGGCCCCGCGGCAGCAGCCGGCAUCACUCCUGGCCUGGGGCCUGCUGGGGAUGGGCUCCAGGCACACGUUCUGCAGCGUGGCUGAGCUCUGCAGCAUCCCUGAGCCCACGCCGGGACUGGGAACAGCAUCGCCUGCCUCCAGACAGCCCUCCCACCCACACCGUGUGCCUUUGCCUUUCAGUAAAAGCCGGCGUGUGCCCGGAGCCAGCAGCAGAAGAAGCGAACUGCACGAUGGGGUGCCAGUCCGAUGGCGACUGCGAGAGCACCCUCAAGUGCUGCCCGGCGGCCUGUGGCAAGGCCUGCCAGGAGCCCAACGAGAAACCUGGCACCUGCCCGUCCGUGAAGCCAGGGAUCCCCAUGCUGGGGCUCUGCAUUAACCAGUGCAAGAUGGACUCCAACUGCUCUGGGAGCCUGAAGUGCUGCAGGAAUGGCUGCGGGAAGGUCUCCUGUGUGACUCCACUGUACUGAGGUGCAGCCUCCUUCAUCCCAGCUGUAGGGAAGCUGCUGCCCAAUGUGACGCUGCAUGGCCAGGCCCUGGUGCCCUCCUGCCCCGGCCUUGUCUGGGACCCCAGCGUGGAGCCUUCAGCCUCAACACCCAUCCGAGGGCCCCGCUCGGGGUGUGCCACAGCCCCCUGCACUCUCGCCAAUAAAGCAGCCACUCCCUGCCCUGUU